AUGGAUACUAUCAUAUUAAAAGAUCUACAUGUUCAAGCUGUCAUUGGUGUCAAUGCCUCUGAAAGAAAUAUUAAACAAAACCUUCUAUUCACUAUUAAGAUAUUUAAAGAUCUAAGUGAAUGUGGGUCAUCCGAUUUAGUUCAUCAUACAAUUAAUUAUUCAACACUUUCAAAGUCAAUUAUAGCAUAUAUUGAAUCAUCACAACAUUUUACAUUGGAAGCAUUGGCAACUGGAGUAGCACGUACUUGUUGUCUUGGAUUUGGUGUUGAAGUGGUAAAGGUGCAAGUGCAAAAGCCUGGCGCCAUCAAAUUGGCUGCAUGGCCAGGCGUCAAAAUAUGUCGUACACUUGACUUUUUCAAAAACAAUCCUAUUGUCGAGAACCCUACCAUCAUCACAUCGUCUCUAGGUAAUGCCAAUGGAACUCCCAACACCUCCUACAUUGCAAUUGGAUCCAAUCUAGGUGACAAGUUUCAAAACAUCAACAAAGCAUUGGAACUUAUUCAAUCAUUUUCUAAAUUGGUCAGUACCUCGUUCAUGUAUGAAGCUCCGCCUGCCUAUUUCUUGGAUCAACCUUCUUUUUUUAAUUGUUGUUGUAAAAUUACAACACAAUUAAAUCCACAUGAUUUAUUGUCAAGAUUAAAAGAGAUUGAAAAGAAAAUGGGAAGAGCUGAAACAUUUAGAAAUGGACCAAGAGUAAUUGAUUUGGAUAUUAUCUAUUAUAAUGAUAUUGUACUUAAAUCUGAUACAUUGGAAAUCCCUCAUAAAUUAAUGUAUGAAAGAGAUUUUGUUUUAUUACCUUUAUCAGAUAUUGCCCCAGAUUUCAUUCAUCCAACAUUAUAUAUUACAACAAAUCAAAUGAAAAUUAAUUUAAAGACUGAUGAUAAUGGAUCAAAGAUUAAAAAGGUUAUAAAGGUUGGGAAUGGUACAUGGGAAUUGGGAAAGAGAACUUAUAUUAUGGGUAUUCUAAAUAUUACACCUGAUAGUUUUGCAGAUGGUGGAAAGUACAAUCAAAAUGAGGAGGUUGCAUUUACACAGUUUGAAAAACUUGUCAAGGAAGGUGCACAUAUUGUGGAUAUCGGUGGACAAUCUACAUACCCGGGUGCAGAGCAACUGACAGUUGCCGUCGAGUUGGAACGUGUGUUGCCGGUGAUCAAGAGGAUCAGAAAGGGGUAUCCCGACUUUCCACUAUCCAUCGAUACCUACCAUUCACAAGUAGCUAGUCAGGCUGUAAAGGCAGGCUGCAACAUCAUCAAUGAUGUGACGGGUGGGUUACGCGACCCCAACAUUAUCAAGGUUGCACGUGAACUUGGUGUACCCAUCAUACUCAACCAUGACCAGGCGACCCCACAAUACCUACUCAAGCAAAGUGGUGCCAGUGAAGACACAAUCAACUCUAAUUACCCGGAUAUUAUAGAUAUUGUCCAACGAUUCUUUAAGGAACGUGUCAACACUGCCGUUGCAAGUGGAUUGUAUAGAUGGCAAAUCAUACUCGACCCAGGGUUGGGUUUUGCCAAGACCUAUGACCAAAGUAUCGAAAUUCUCAAGCGUGGAAAAGAACUGGUUCGUCUCAACUUUCCCAUCUUGAUCGGUCCGUCUCGUAAAGGGUUCAUCGGAGCAACCAUUGCAAAGGCCGAAUCAUCCACUGAAAUCCCCGACCCCAAAUCAUCCCGUCGUCUUUGGGGUACCGCAGCCUGUUGUUGUAUUGCCGCUGGAUGGGGAUGUGACAUUAUUCGUAUUCAUGAUGUAUCUGAGAUUAAAGAUACAAUCAUCAUCUCUGACACGGUUUAUAGACAAUAA